GUCUAUUUAACUAGUGUCAACGGUGGAGUCUUUCACACUCAUAAGCAGCUGCCUGUUUGCUACAACUUAGUGGAUUUAUCUUCAGAAAAAGAAAAAAAACUGAAUGGCCAACAUAUCAAACAUGGAGGAUGAUUACAGUUACUUCAUGAACUAUGCAGGAUUUGGGGACUCCUCACCAUGUAUCAAUUCCCUGCAUGAAGUAAACGGCAUGGUGGUUGUGAUCGGCUACAUCGUUGUAUUCUUCUUUGGUCUCAUGGGGAAUAGUUUGGUGAUGUUUGCCGUGUGCACCAUGAAAAAUCACAGAACAUCUACAGACAUCUACCUGAUGCACUUGGCCAUUGCAGACCUGCUCUUCUCGCUCACGCUGCCAUUCUGGGCCGUCUAUAUCAACGAAUCCAAUUGGGUUUUUGGCACUUUUCUGUGUAAGUUGAUCUCGGGUGUCCAGGAGUUGUCGUUCUACAGCUGUGUCUUCCUGCUGGCAUGCAUUAGCAUUGACCGCUACAUGGCCAUCGUCAAAGCUACUCAGUUCCUCUCAAAGCAGCACAAUGUAGUGAGGUUAGUGUGUCUGUCUGUAUGGAUAGGGGCUGCUGCUCUGUCCAUUCCUAUUGUGGUUCAGCGAGAAGCACUGCAAAUAAACAGCUCUGAUGUAAUGCGUUGCUACGAGAAUGUAACAGCGGAUAAGAUGGAUAAUUGGCGUGUGGGUUUACGAGUCGUUCGUCACGUCCUUGGCUUUUUCUUUCCACUUGCAGUCAUGCUGGUCUGCUACGGCUGCACGGUUGGAACUCUGUUUCGUUCACGUAAUAGCCAAAAAUCAAAAGCAAUGAGAGUGAUCUUUUGUGUGGUUUUGGCUUAUGUCAUCUGCUGGCUGCCCAAUAAUGUGACUGAGUUUGUAGACACACUGUUACGAGGUGGUCUGAUCAGCGACACGUGCUCUACACGAGAUAAUCUGGAGGUGGCCAUGUACAUCACUCAGGCUUUGGCCUUUAUGCACUGUGCCAUCAAUCCCAUUCUCUACGCCUUUGUGGGCAAGAAGUUCCGGAACCAUCUGCUGGCUUUAUUCUUGAAAAAAGGACUGGUGACCAGAGCAACGCUUAGUCGCUACCGACCUGGCUCAAACUACAGCUCGGGAACCACCAGACACACUUCUGUCACGCUAUAAAGCUUCCAUUAAUCUUAAUACCGGUUUUGAAGUAGAAUAGAUUUCCCACAUUAUGUGCUCACCUCAGCAGGACUUUCUGCAGAUCACAGACGUCAUAAGUUCAUAAUUUUUUUAAAUAUGGGCAUAAUUAAAAUUCCCUGUAAAGAAAUAAGAGCAACUGUGUGGGUAUAAAUUGGGUGGGGCUUUGAGUUCAUAAAUAGUUCAAGCUAUGUUGUUAAAUAAAGACAUUAUUUUCAUUCGUUA